AUGGCAGACCAGGCAGAAAUCCUCAGGAAGAGACGAGAAGCCCGCCAGAAAAAGAUUCUCGAAUCGGGAGAAUCCCGCCUUAGCAAGAUCACCGGCACAUCAGGCACCAACGCCCAGGUCGCCCCUUCCCCCGCCGUCAUCCAGGCCCGUGAGCAGCUCCAGAAGAAGGAGCAGGAGGAAGAGCGAUUGAAGGCGAUGAAAGCCACUGUUGGAGCAGGAACAGUGCCUGCCAUCAUCAGCGCGGACACGGUUGAGAGCAGUGAGCCAGUAGCAAAGAACACGUCCGCGCCAACGUCGCCACGGAUAAGCCGUCAACCCUCCGUGUCAUCCACAACUGCACCAGCACCAACGGCAUCAUCAACAACAGGAUCAGGAGUUCAAACAGCAUCGGCAGCAAAGACGACACCCACAGUUGAGGACGCCAACGACGCAGAUCCUGACGAUUCAUUAGGCGCCCCUCCAACACACACCGCCAACGCAUCCACAUCCUCGCCCUUUGCCACAAUGGGCGCCGGUGGCCAGCCCAAUCCGUUCAUGAUGAACGAUCCCUUCUUCUCCUCGCCACAGCAACAACAGGCUCUGACCCGGAUGAUGAUGCAGGAAGAGGCUGCUGGAAGCAACAACGCCGCAGCAAGGCAACACCAGGCUGGAUUUGGAGGCGCACCUCCAGGAUUCACGGUGAUCACACCUCAGGUCGAUCUGACGGCUCGCUGGUGGAAGCUGUUGCACUUUGUGCUUUCGGUCUUGUUUGGCGUUGGCGUUGUGUAUGCAGAGUACAGACGUCAGGGGGAUCUUGGACGCUUUGAUGCCCUUGCCACCGACAAGCCCACGCCUUAUGGUGUCUACCAAGUCGCACCCAUGCCUGUGUUCUGGUACUUUGUGACGAUGGAACUGAUCCUGCAAUCGAGUCGGAUGGUAUUACACGGCGUGACGGCGUCGCCCAGCAGCACUUUGGGUACCAUUGCAGGAUUCCUUCCUCCACCCUUCUCGGACAUGAUCCGGAUCUUUAUGCGCUAUCGCCUCAUCUGGUCGUCAAUGGUCAAUGAUCUCUCGGUUAUUGUCUUUAUUGUCGGCAUCACCAUCGUGUUUACUCAUAUGUUUUCGUAA